CUUAACAUUGCAUUUAUUCAUCCUGAUUUAGGCAUUGGGGGUGCAGAAAGAUUAGUUGUAGAUGCUGCAGUAGGCAUUCAAUCAAAAGGACAUAAAGUUGUAAUGUAUACUAGUCAUCAUGAUCCAAACCAUUGCUUUGAAGAAACAAGAGAUGGUACACUUGAAGUACGUACUCAUGGUGAUUAUUUACCACGCAGUUUAUUUGGUAGAUUUUAUAUCAUAUUUGCUAUUCUUAGACAAUUUGCUUUAGUUUUAUGGAUAUUAAGACAUGAAAAGGACACCUAUGAUGUUAUCUUUGUUGAUCAGUUAAGUGCUUGUGUACCAUUUUUAAAGUGGUUUUCUUCUGCAAAUAUUUUAUUCUAUUGCCAUUUUCCAGAUAAACUUUUAACUAAAAGAGGAUCAAAACUCAAAGAAUUGUAUAGAAUGCCUAUUGAUAAACUUGAAGAAUGGUCUACAGGCAUGGCAGAUACAAUUGCCGUAAAUAGUCAAUUCACAGCUGGUAUGUUUAGACGAUCUUUUCCAGCUAUUUUGAAAAAACCAAAAGUAUUAUAUCCACCUAUCAAUUUUGCUGCAUAUGACAAGGCAGUAGAUUUAUCAGAUCCAUUUGUUCAAUUAAUUGAAACACAUAAAAAGACAAUCGUAUCUAUUAAUCGCUUCGAAAGGAAAAAGAACAUAGAGUUAGCAUUAAGAGCUUUUGCUUUAUUAAGAAAUUUUAUCUCAGAAGAAGAAUUUGUUAAUUACCGACUUGUACUUGCUGGUGGUUAUGAUAAACGUGUAUCAGAGAAUGUAGAGUAUUUAAAGGAAUUAGAUACAUUAGCAACUCAACAAUUUGGACUUGAAACAUUUACAAUUCUUCCAAAUACAAACGAAAAGGCGCCUAAUACAACUCAAGUUUUAUUUUUAUGUUCAUUUAAUGACGCUCAACGUACUUAUUUGCUUGCUAAUUCAACAUUAUUAUUAUAUACGCCUUCUAAUGAACAUUUCGGUAUUACACCUGUUGAAAGUAUGUAUGCCUCUUUACCUGUUAUUGCAGCCAAUAGUGGAGGACCUCUUGAGACAGUCAAGGAUAAAGAAACUGGACUCAUUUUACCACCAGAACCUGAAAUUUGGGCCAAAGGAAUUUAUGAUCUUAUUUCAGAUACCUUUGAUAGAACAAAGAUGGGUAAAAGAGGACGUGAACAUGUUAAAUCAAAAUUUUCUUUAGAAGCCUUUGCAGAUCAAUUAGAAGAUACAUUAGAAGAAGUA